CGGAUAAACGGCUUACUACCCACCAUCAUAUGUUUUGGAAAUAUUUGGAAAUAUGUUUUACAUUACUUCGUCAUUUGAUUUAUUUAUCACCAAACCUAAAGGUAUCUUUUCUACAUCACCAGUGAAAGUAGUGCAGUGAUAACAACGUUUGUUAAACUAUGAUACCGCGUCCUAAUUUCGUUAUCGCUUUCGAAGGCCUUUCAAUAUAUUUAAGGCGUUUCAAACUAUAAAGUUUGUUAGUCGCUUCUGGCACCGUUAAACGGAGCAACAUGGAUUGCAAGUGGAUUUCAGUUCUAGUUUUGGUUAGCAUAGCUACUGAAUUAGUUUAUUCGCAACAACUCGCACCGAACGGGCUGUGCGACGGUAUCAAAAGCAAUUCCUUCGUAGCCGAUCCAGAAGAUUGUACCAAGUUCUAUCAGUGCAAUGGAGACACAGUUAUCCACGGCACAUGUCCUACUGGAAUGUUUUAUCAUAUCAAGGAUGUGUGUAGUAUCGAUUCAUCGGACUGUGAAAGUUUAACGCCAUCUGUUCCAACAACAACACUCCCAGAUACCCCGUUAACAACAGAGGUUGCAUCUUCCACCGAAACUUUACCCACGCAUAACACAACCGAUCCUGAAACAUUCUGCCUAACUACGGAUCCAAAUGUACCAAGCUUUGUGAGAAGUCCUACAGACUGUUCAGAUUAUUACAUCUGUGUCGACCAUAAGCCAAUUCGGCAAAAGUGUGCUGCUGACAGAUACUGGAACUCUGCCCUACUUUACUGUGACGAUUCGACAAAAGUUCCGUGCGAACAUGAUCAUAUAGCCGAUCCGGCGGAAGUGUGUCAGCGUAGUGAAGUUGGCGAUUUUUCUUUCACCCCUAGUCCUACAAGUUGCGAAGAGUACUACUUAUGCUUCAAACAAAAACCCUUCCUUAUGCGCUGUGCCCCCGACAGUUAUUGGAACAAUGAAUCAAACAAAUGUGAUAUAGCAGAAAAUGUUAAAUGCAAGGCAAAAACUCCCAGCUCAAUGGAUCUUGACUCACUUUGUGUUGAAAGCAAAGACACAUUUCUAAGCCAUCCCGCUUAUUGUGAUCUGUACUUGUUUUGUCGCAAUGGUAAGGCAUCCACGCAACGGUGUCCAUUCCUUACCGAUUGGGAUGCAGUCAGCGCACGUUGUGUUUCACGGAACCUGAUCAAAUGUAAUAAACAACGCCUAUAUUAAUGUUAACAACUCUUCAUACCACCUUUUUGUGGUAGAUCAAUAGCAAUACCAGCUGCCGUUGGUAAAUAUUGUAUUAAUCAUUACUAUUAAAAAAGAGUUAGUCAUAUAUUCUGUCUGUUAUAACAUUUUUAAUGUUAAUGGUUCGCCUAUUGCUGGGUCGGUGAAAGCACGAUCGUAGGAUAUAAAACAUUGUGAAUGUUUUCUUUCGAAAUAUAGGCAAAAAAUAAUAAAAUGCAUUAGUAGCAAACUAGGGGAGCGCGGCUAACCAAGCGUUGCAGUCUAAAAAUUUAUUUUGUAAUUAAAGUUUACAAGCGGACAACUUGAAUAUUUAAUCUUCACAUAACCAAUAUUUUCUUCUUUUACUUGACUUUUACAUUAUUUUUCUUGCCAUUCAUGGAAGAAAAAAUCAUUAGAAAGCACUCAAUGCUAAUUGCUAUUUAAUUCUUUUCUCAAUGCUAUUUAAUUGUUAAAUAGAUUAUCGGAAAACAUUUAAAUACGGAUCCGUGUCGGUAAGAGAAAACAGCUUUUGCGGUAGAAGCACUUUUCCUGAUGUUUUUACACACCCUACCUGAUUCUAGUUUAAAUUUGCACGUAUGACAAAGUGGACGUGCGUUGUCCAU